GAUGAAGCGGGUCAGUAGUGGUCUCCCCAACGGGAGCCAGGUGGCGUCUCGGUGCCCUAGCACAGCCCUCGCCCAACAGAACCAGGUGGCCGUGCUGCCGGUGCAGCUGCUCAAGGACAAUGAGGCAGCUGCGCGGGACAAUGUCCAGGCGGAGAAUGGUUUCCAGAUGAAGAUGAACGCCCAUGGCUUCAACCCCGAGGAGCUGGUGGUACAAGUGGACGGGCAGUACCUGAUGGUGACGGGCCAGCGGCAAACGGAGGGCUACAACCCAGAUGGGGGCCGCUUCCGCAUGGCACAGAGGGUGUACCGACAAAUGCAACUACCACGGGACCUGGAUCCCGCCGCCAUGACCUGCUGCCUGACGCCCUCGGGCCAUCUGUGUGUCCAAGGCCAGAGCCAGGCGCUGCCUUCCGCUGAAGCCCCAACAGGAUCGUCCUCUAGAUUGAGGAGCCCGGGGCCCUAAGGGUUCCAACCCAGCCUGACCCAGUAAACCACCACCCUAGUGAGCAGCAGCCUUAGCAUCUAUGGUCUUUUCUUGGGGUUGGGGCUCAGAGGUGGAGGUAUAACAAAAGUAGAGGUAGGCCAGAAAGGGAGCUCAAGAUGGUGGUCCACCAAAAAUCAGGCCUCUGUGGCUCUGGGAGAAGCUGCAGUUGGGGGUGGGGCAGUGUUGUCCUACUCAUCUCAGCUCACAGCUUGGACCAACAUCCCCAGCUUUUGACAGCUGAGAGCAGCAGUGCCAGCAGGGAGCAGCAGAGGGCUGAGAAAGCCCAGGAGUCACCUUGUUCCAGAACCAGCAGAGGGCCCCCCAGAGACCUGGGACCAGAUGGCUUGGACCUGGUGUGAGGUUGCUGUCUUGGCCUAAUGAUCAGUUCAAAGUUCCAGAGGUCAUUGGUAUUUCUUCCUCUUCGGGGAAGAAAGUGAGAGGACCCAGUCCCUCACGGGCCUGGUACAGACUAAACAAAACUCCCAAAGUUGGUUUCUGAUGUUUCAGAGACCAACUACUUUCAAAUCUGGACAGCACAUCACCCCAACAUAAUCCGGAGGGGGUGGGAGAGAGGCAAAUGCAGGACUCUCAACUUCAGACUUGGUGAGAUUCAGUUCCAGGUCACUCUUACCCUACCCCCAUGUCAUUAGUACUGGUAAUACUAAAAGCCUCAUUCUCUUGGUUACCAUGA